CUGGACACCUAGACUAAUGUAUUUGAUUUAUAGAUGUACAAUACUUCAGUAAUGGAUCUUUACGACUGACUAGAACUGCGGAGGAUCAACCUUCGUGUUGUCAAUAUCUUCUUGUCAUCAGAGUACAAAUUCCCAAAACUCGAAAAUCCUCAACUUCCACAGAAAAUCCAGACAAAUGUCUCCAAAAAGCAGGUUCUCCGAGAUUUCAUACCGACCAGUAGUGAAUGACCCCUCAGCGUCUUAUCAUUUAAUAUAUUUCAUCACUGGAAACCCAGGCCUGAUAGCGUAUUACGAUACCUUUCUUGCAACUCUAUAUGAUUCACUGUCGAGAUCAAAAAAUCAAUCUUCCAACUAUUUUCACAUUCACGGGCAGUCUUUAGCAGGAUUUGAAGAAGAAGAACCGGAGCUCUCAUCACCAUACAGUCUAGAGGACCAGAUCACGAUUUCCUUGACGUCACUUCAAAGACAGCGAAUACCCUCUGGGGCUCUUCAAGGGCAGCCAUAUGCCAGUGUAAUCCUUAUUGGUCAUUCUGUCGGGUCUUAUAUACUCCUGGAACUCAUUCAGCGCCUUCGUAAAAGUUCGUCCUCUCUCAACAUCCGAGCCGGCAUCCUCCUAUUCCCCACCGUCACUCAUCUCGCUCAAAGUCCUAGUGGAGUCAAAAUCAGCAGGUUGUUUCGGAUUCCUGAUUUUGCGAAGAGAGCAAGUUCUGUGGCAAAAGCACUUGUUUCGAUAGCACCGAAGUCAGUAUUGAAAUGGCUCGUUGGCCUGCUGACUGGUAUGCCGAACGAUUCUGCUGAAGUUACCACAAGGUUUUUGAGAAGUAGCAUGGGAAUAUGGCAAGCACUGCACUUGGCCAAAGAUGAGAUUGACUUCAUUACUGAAGACAAAUGGGACGAGGAUAUCUGGGGUAUAGAACACGAAGAGACAGAUCAGAAACCUCACAUCCCGAAAUUGAUCUUCUAUUUCGGCGAAAAGGACCACUGGGUUGCAAAUCACACUCGCGACGCAUUGAUAGCAGCUCGAGGUCGAAUAGACAUUGAGUCGUCUAGUUCCAAGCCUGUAAUGCUGAUUGAUGAGAAUGGUGUAGAACAUGGUUUCUGUAUUCGACAUAGCGAAAGCAUUGCUGAAAAGGUGAAAAUAUGGAUAGAAAACGCAAUGGAUGGCGAAUCAGAAGCUUGAAGGAUAUUUGUUGCGCUGCUGUUCGCCUGUUCGCAGGCACGACGAGGCGGUCGUCAAUGAUAAGAAUGAUUGAGGUUGAUUUGGGAGGCGAGGCGGUUUCUCUACCUCGACGUUUGAGCAAAUAUAGUGCUGUAUGCAGUUCCACCCACUUCCUUGCCGUACUGGUCAUGUCGGCACGUCCUCAAGCUGCUGCGUACAGUGAGCCAUGCCCAGCUCUUGCCCAUUCUUCUUAGAAGUCUGGUAGUCCCUUAUUGUCGAGCGCUUGUUU